UUUCAAUGUAGAAUGCAGUAAAUUUUUGAGGGAGAAAAAAAAUUCUUUUGUUCCAACAAAUUCAUAGUUUUCUGUGCGUUAGCCAUCAGAUCUAAUGUCUUUUGUAAUUACGACCUAUAGAUAAUUAUUUUUUUAUUAGCUCGCACUGACGUCAUGAAAAUCAGCCAUUUACUUCUGUAAAUUUUAAUACUUCCGCAGUUAUAUUUUAGCAUUUGUCGUGUGAUGGUUAAAAUAUUCAGAAACAAUCCAAGCUGAAUUUUUAUAAAAUGAUCAUCAACUAUUUUAUUUUAUUAGUGCUGGCAACUUUUGUUGCAUCAGUAAAACUCCCGGGCAAAUUUGCUUUAACAGAUCAAGCAUGUAAGCCCGCCUUUAAAGAAGCUGCAUGUAGCAGCCCUCAUGACAAAUGUAUGAGAAAUGGCGUCGGUUCAUACAAAUACAUUUGUAUUGCUCAAGGCACAUUGGGUUCACACUGUGAAAAAAAUUCUCACUGUAAAGUUAUUGAGUUCGGUAAAUGUUCUGAAAAUAAUACAUGUAUCUGUCAAUUCGGAACAGCUGAGUAUGAUAAAACAACUUGUAUCCCGAAAACAAUAAAAAAUGAUCCCAAAUACCAAUUUUAUAAGGAGUACGACUGCGACUUCAAAAUCUGUCAUUUAAAGAAAAGUUAUUCGUCAGUAACUGCACAACGAAGAGAAUCAAAAUUGAUGUACGGCGAAUAUUGUGAAACUAAUCAAGAUUGUGCUGAUUUACAUCUCCCAAACCUGAUUUGUGACAAUGGCGAAUGUAAAUGCCCUAAAGACACCCAAUUUUUGUUGUCAGAGUUGUCAUGCAAAAACAGCACAGCAGGUAUUGGAAAAGCUUGCAAACAGCCAGACUCCAUCAACACUACAAGUGUCACUGUAGAAUCCACUGAAGAAACACCCAGUACCAUUUGUAAUGAUUUCAAUGUAACAAGAUGUCAGAGAUAUUACACUUACGUGGCUAGUGACGAAUGUAUACCUGAUCCCAAAUUUGUAUGUGAAGGUGAAGAAUUUUAUUAUGACCCGACUAGACAAGAGUGUGUGGAAUACGUAGAAGAACUUGAUGACUUCUACUGUGAAAUCGACCAUCACUGCCGUAAUUUGAAAUAUACGAACUGCACUGAGAAUAUGUGUGUCUGUAAACCAAAAUAUGAGAACAUUAAUGAUGUCUGCCGUGGGUACAACGGAGCUGUUUGUGAGGAAGUUUCCGAUUGUUUGGUGGCUAACUCGAUUUGUAAUAAGACAUGUCAGUGUCCCGAAAACCAUUACCUAUCAGGAGACACUUGCUGGAAAUUUGCUGAGAAUUUGAACGAUACCUGCGGAAUCGAUUUAGGAUGCAAGGACCUCAAGCACGCGAGUUGUCAAAAUGGUCAAUGCCUCUGCAAACAGAACCAUGUUGAGAUUAACGGCACCUGCUUUUCGAAACUUAAUGGCGCGUGCGACAACAAAUCCGAAUGUAUCGAAGGAAUCGCUGAAUGCAGACAUAAUAUUUGUCAAUGUCCUUACAGUCAUUAUCAAGUUGGAUUCAAGUGCUAUCCAUUGGCUCAGAAACCGGGAGAUCACUGCUACGACUAUGUCGGGUGUUCCGCAAUCCCUAAAAAAUGGUGCAAUAGUAAUGGUUCUUUCUGCAUUGACGAGAGGGGAAUAGAUUGUAACCUAAACACUCGUAAAUGCGUUUGCCCUCCAGGAUACGUCGAUGAAAAAACUAAAUGUUCAAAAUAUGUGCGUUUAUAAUUUAGCAUUCAAUUUAAUGUCUGGAAUUACAAUUCUAUAGUAACAUUACAUAAAUAAUCAGUACACAGCCAAACGAAAACAUUGAAUAAAGUUUUGUUGACAGUACAA